AUGGCUAUCAAGAAUCACAAUAAGAGGGGAGGCUCUGCGCCCCGCAGGCGGCCCAUCGCCGGCCCUAGGGCUAUUGGUGAAGAGCAAGUUCCCGCAGACCAACUUUACGAGUUCCAGACGACCACGGUCGACGAAAUCAAAGCCAAGCUCCUUGCCGCAGGAUUGCCAGUGAGGACCGGAUACACCAAGCUUGCAUAUUGGAGAAGACUUCGGGGCUUGUUGAAUGUUGAUGAGUAUCCAUUGCCACCGAGACUCGCAUACGAUUACAUGCGCAAGCGCCCUAGAGCUGGGCCCCCGAGUCGCUGUGAGAGCAAAAUGCCGAUCAUUCAACUUCAUGAGUUCCGAACUGCCACUAUACGACAGCUCAAGCGAGAGCUGCGCGCCUUUGGGAUAAUACCAAGACAAGCGAUGGGCAAGUGCGAUCUCUGGGCACUGGUGCAGCUGGCCAGACAGAAUGUGCGCAAUGAAGAUGAUUCUCACGCUUCGGACGCCGAUGACGAGCAUGACGAGCACGAUGAGCAUGACGAGCAUGACCAGCCACCAGCGCCAGUCAACGCACCGGGUAGACACGCUCCAGGUGCUGGCCGAGGCGGCACUCGCGGAAGAAAUCCUCGGCGCCCACGAGGCCCAAGACAUGGUGUUCAGAAACCUGCACCAAAGCGAGCUGUCAGGGACCGCGCUGCUGGGAUGCUGCUAAUCUCGUACUUUGAUGGCCCUGUGUCGGUGCUGAUGCAGCAGCGCUUGGACAAUUCUUGGGGAAUACCUUCAUCUCGCCUCAAGGAUGGAGAAGACUCCAGACUUUGCGCGAUGCGCGCGGCCGUAGAGAAGACCGGCCUCGGGCUGACUCAAUUCGAGUUGCUUGAUGAUGAGUUUGCAUCGACCGCCGACGGCUUGGAGUAUACCACCGUCUAUGGAGAGCUCAUCGACGAAACAUUCGAGCCAUUGGCUUCCGACAAAUCUGUUGAUCUUGUAUGGGUCCCGGUCGAGGAAGUUGAUCUGCAUGGUCUGCAUAUGCCGUUUGCCGCAACAUGGCAUGGGGUGAAAGCUCUCAUCCCACCUAUGUCAGGAUGGGAAACUUCUUAG